CUUCCUUCCCGUCAGGGCUUUAAGGACGAAGUUUACCGUCAGAGGAGGAAGUACUUUGUGGAGGUGGCCAUGAACUAUAAAUUUGGACAGCCCAUCCCUCGGAUCGAGUACACGGCAGAGGAGGUGAGGACGUGGGGCGUGGUGUUCAGGGAGCUGACCCGGCUGUACCCGACUCACGCCUGCAGGGAGUACCUGAAGAACCUGCCGCUGCUGCGCCAGCACUGCGGCUACCGCGAGGACAACAUCCCCCAGCUGGAGGACGUGUCCCUCUUCCUCAGAGAGCGCUCCGGGUUCACGGUGCGGCCCGUCGCAGGUUAUCUGUCCCCCAGAGACUUCCUGGCAGGUUUGGCCUACAGAGUGUUUAACUGCACGCAGUACGUCCGUCACAGCACCGACCCGCUGUACACCCCCGAGCCGUGA